AGGGAACCUUGAAUGUGCUGACUUCGUGCUCAAAAGCACGAGUGAAACGUGUUGUGCUCACCUCUUCUUGCUCUUCAAUAAGAUAUCGACCCGAUGCCCAACAGGUCUCUCCGCUCAAGGAGUCACAUUGGAGCGAUCCUGAAUACUGCAAGAACAACAAUGUAUGCUUAUGCAAAGACUACAGCUGAGAAAGUGGCAUGGAGAGCGGCCAAAGAGAGUGGAAUGGAUCUAGUGGUGGUAUAUCCCGCAUUUGUGGUUGGUCCUCUGCUAGCACCACAACCAACCAGCUCACUGCGUAUGAUAAUGGCUAUAACAAAAGGUGCAAGCAAGAGGUGAGUACCCAAAUACAACACAGGGGUUUGUGCACAUAGAUGAUAUGGUAGCUGCACAUAUAUUAGCAAUGGGGGAGAGCAAAGCAUCAGGCAGGCUUCUAUGCUCGAGCUCAGUAGCACACUGGUCGCAGAUCAUUGAGAUGCUGAGGGCCAAAUAUCCAUCCUAUUCAUAUGAAAGCGAGUAGAAAUGCAGAGCAACACUAUUAAUUCCUUUUGUCUUUGAUUUUAUUUAUUUAUUUUGGGUUUUUUUAAUAUGGAAUAUUGUAGGUAUAGCGGGCAGAAAGGAGACAAUAACACACAAACCAUGGAUACCAGUAAAAUAGCUCAACUGGGGUUUCCUCCGUUUAAAACGCUUGAAAAGAUGUUUGAUGACUGCAUCACAAGUUUCCAAGAGAAGGCAUUUCUAUGAAUUGCUCAACGCUUUUGUGUGUUCCAAGUGUUGUUUUGUAUGCUACGAUGUA